UUGAGCGUCGGCGGCGAUUCAACAUCAAUGACCGAAUCAAGGAGCUGGGGACCCUGAUCCCAAAAUCAAAUGACCCGGAGAUGCGCUGGAACAAAGGAACCAUUCUCAAGGCUUCGGUGGAUUACAUCCGGAAACUGCAGAAGGAGCAGCAGCGCUCGAAAGAAAUGGAGAUCAGGCAGCGUAAGCUGGAGCAGGCCAAUCGCAGCUUGCAGCUGAGAGUGCAGGAGCUGGAACUCCAGGUCCAGAUGCACGGGCUGCCUCUGACUUCCACCCCGGGUCUCCUGACGCAGCCCUUGGCGGGGGACCUGGCUCCACCGUUUGCGGAGUCUCUGGACCUGCCCUUCACGGCCGAGGAGCUGGGUCUGGGUCUCGCGCUGGGCUCCGAUGGGGGAGGCCUGCAGGACGUGCUGAUGGACGAGGGGGCCACCCUCUCCCCGCUGGGCGCCUCGGAUCCCUUGCUCUCGUCCAUCUCGCCCGGCGCCUCCAAGGGCAGCAGCCGCCGCUCCAGCUUCAGCAUGGAAGACGACUCAUGAUGGUCGCCUCGGGACACUCGGCAGCGGGUCCGGAGGGCUCCGCCCCUUCACAUUGCCCCGCCCCUUCGCUCGGACUCUUCCUCUUCACCCACUUCCGGUUUUGGAGUCUCUCCGCCCCUCCGCUGCUAGAGGCUGUGCCCUUAUUGCAGCAGCAGCAGCAGCAGGGCCUUCUCUCACCAACAGUCUGUAUCUCUUUGCCUUGCCGAGUUCCCCUUUGACCCUUCCCCAAUGGAGGUGGAUCUAAUUUCCUCUCGCGGCAGAGCAGGGCAGCUUAGCGCUGAACUUUCCUCAGAGUAGUAGAAAUACGUUUUCCCGUGGCGGGUGGGACUUGAGUCUAGUCUGCCCUCAAGCUCAGAAAGAAGGGGAAUCGUGGGCUUGUGCAUUCCCUCAAGCCUGCCCUGUCGGGAACCUUGGGCAGAGCCUUUCCGUAACACUGUGUGAAAGAGUGAGGUGUUCACUCUUGCCCUCGGCUUUAUUUCUCUUGCACCUUUGCUGUAUAUAAUUUUGGGGAAUCGAGGCUGGGAGGGAGAGAAAGUGUCCCUUGGAGUUCAGAGUCCCCCCUCCUUUUUUGUGUGUGUAAAUGAGCUUUAUUUUAUAUAGAUAUUGGACUUUUUAUUAUAAACCCUUGGCCUUUUUAUCGGUUUAAACGAGAAGGAAGGGUUUCAAGGUUCUCACCAGCUUGGCACUUUAACUUUUUACUUUAUCAUUCCACUCCCUCCUCCAGUUCAGACCUGACGUUGUCCCUCGUUUCUUUGGGCAGGCGUGGCGGGGAGGCGCAAGGAGAAAAGCAGACGAUUGCGUCUCUAGCGCUGGCUCGCGUGGUCAUCGGAGGGCGCGAUCCUAUACAGUCGUUCCAGUUUAAGCCUCCCGAUUUCUGAGGGCUAACGCCGGAGUAACUCUGUGUAGAAACACAGCGUAGGAACAAGAAGACUUGAGUAGCAACCUCUCUCGGUUUUCUUUUUUUAAUGAUAAAUGAACAUAAUCAAGGUUCUAUUUAAAGGGUUUUUCUGCAUAAACGGGGCUUCAGGUGGGAACACGGAGAGAAAGAGCAUAUAGUGUCAAUUGACUCUGCUAGUAACACAUUCUUUGAGUGGGAGGGUGGUCAUAACUACCACGGAGACAAUCACGCUGGCCGUAGAGUGCGCUUCCAACAACCACCUGUGUAGGUCCCAACCAUGAACAGUCAUCCUAGAGUG